GAGCCGCGGCGGCGGAGCCCGAGGAGCCGGAGCCGGAGCCGGAGCCGGGGCCGGGCCGGGGCCGGAGGGCCGAGGCCGAGGUGCGGCGAGAGCAGCGGCGGCAGCAGGAGGCCCCGAGAUGCCGAGCAAGAAGAAGAAGUACAACGCGCGCUUCCCGCCGGCCAGAAUCAAGAAGAUCAUGCAGACAGACGAGGAGAUUGGCAAGGUGGCAGCCGCUGUGCCGGUCAUCAUCUCCAGGGCAUUAGAACUGUUUUUGGAAUCACUUCUCAAGAAAGCCUGUCAAGUGACCCAGUCUCGGAAUGCCAAGACCAUGACCACCUCCCACCUGAAGCAGUGUAUUGAGUUGGAGCAGCAGUUUGAUUUCUUGAAGGACCUGGUGGCCGCUGUGCCCGACAUGCAGGGAGAUGGAGAAGACAAUCACCUGGACGGAGAGAAAGGAACACGAAGGGGCCGGAAGCCCGGGAGCAGCCGGAAGAAUGGUGGUGCUGGAGGGAAGGGGAAAGACAAGAAACAGUCUGGGACUGACUCAGAGCAGGAGGAUGAUUCUGAAGACACAGAGACAGAUGGGGAGGAGGAGAUGCCACAGCCCCCACCCCAAUCCAGCCGGCCUAUGGCCCAGUUCCAGAGCCCCCCGGCCCCUUUCCUCCCCUUCUCCUCCACCCUGCCUCUCCCUCCAGCACCCCCUGGCCCGACAGCUGUGGAAGAAGAAGAAGAUUAUGACUCAUAGGCCCUCCCCCCCGGCCCUCCCCACCUCCUCCCACCCUCCACUCUCAUUUAGUCAAUUU